GGGCUGAGAUCAUGCCAUUGCAGCCUGAGUGACAGAGUGAGACUCCGUCUCAAAAAAAAAAAAAAAUUAAAAACCGUAUCUUCAAACCAACUGUUCCCACUUUGUCCCUCUUAUUACCGCUGAUUCUGUCCCAUGUUGAAAUAUUUAUGUUUUUGAAAAUAUUACUCAUGUAUAUUUAUAAAUAUUCCACUAUAUCUACACAUUUUUCUAAGCACUUCAGUAGCAUUUCAGACUAGAAUGAGGAAGAUAACAGAAACCCAUGCUGGUUCUCCAUCUUAUCAGUGGCAGAUAUUUUUGUCUGUAUUAACAUAUAUUUUGUAUGUGUAUAGAAAUGCUCAAUCUAUAAUUCAUAUGUGUAUAGGAAUGCUCAAAUUUCUUCAGUUAACCAGUUUCUAGAUGUUUUUAUUACAAAAAAAUGCCAGAACUCAUGACACCACAGUUUUAUAUAAAGGUAAGUUUGAUAGUCUAGGGUUAUCAAGAUACUGGAAAAUAAUGGUAUGUUCAUGCAAUAUAAGAACUUGAGUGCAGUGCAUGUAUAUACCAAAAAUAUAAUUGGGACUCUCAUUUCUAAGCAUUGGUACUAGAAUAUAUUUCAAAUUAACAAAGAUGUAGAUUUAAGAUUGUUCUUAAUGUUCUUAGCAACAACAAAAAUAAGUACAACUCAAAUAUCCAAAUAGAACACUGACCCAAUCAAUAAUGACCCUGUCGCACAGUAAAACAUUAAAUAUCAAAUUGAUAAGACAGAUGUAUAUUUACUCAUAAGUAUCCCCAAUUUUGAUAUUCAAAGGAAAAUAUUUAUAGUGUAAUCACUUUCACAAAUUGCUAUACCACACAGAAAUAUUUUAAAGGGCAUUAAUGAAAGCAAAACUUAAAUCCAUGCUUAGGAUUUCACGUGAUUCUUUUUAGGUUCUUUAAGCUUUUCUGCUUCGGUUAUUAAAAUUUCAUUGAGCCAUUUUUGCAAUCACAAGUAUAAUUAUUUCAAGUUUAAAUAAACAGAAAAAAAUUCAACGGCCACUGUUGAUCACUUAAAUCAUUCUUGUACUUGGAGAAGCAAUUAUCUGCCUCUCUACCUCCACAAGCUCCUACUUCUCAUCCUACCCCUCUAAAGUCUCCAGUCACUACACUCUUCUUUCCCUCACUUUCCUAAUUAACUUGGUAUAUGUUGCAGUGUCCAGUUCUGAUUUUUUUUUCUCAUAUUGUUUUCCUAACAGCGUGUCAACCAGCAUUGGCAACGUUUCGUGCCCUCAGUGAAUCUGGGAAUGCCUUCAGACAAAGCUUUCACCAUGGAGAAUACCGAACACAUCGUACUUUUGUCCGGCGUUAUGAAUGUGAUGACUGUGGCAUGGCUUUUGGGCAUAUCUCACAACUUACUAGACAUCAGAAAAUCCACAAGGUAGGGGAAGUCCACAAAUAUGGUGAAAAUACAAAGGGCUUUAGGCAUCGCUCAUCAUUUACAAUACUCCAGAGAAUUUGUACGCUAUAUAAACACUUUGAAUGUAACCAAUGUGGUGAAACUUUUAACAGACCUUCACAGGUUAUUCAACAUCAGAGCAUACACCGUGGACUGAAGCCAUACAAAUGUGAUGCAUGUCAAAAGGCCUUUAGGUUUCUCUCAUCCCUCUCUAUACAUCAGAGGUUUCAUGUUGCCAACAGACUAAACCUGACUCAGCAACAAAAAACUCAUACUCAAAGGAAGCCCUUUUCCUGUAACUUUUGUGGAAAAACCUUUCACUGUUUCUCAGAAAAAACUCGACAUCGAUCAAUUCAUACUAGAAAGAAAUAUUAUCCAUGUAAUUAUUGUGAAAAGGAAUUCAAUCCAUACUCCAAAUUUAUUCUACAUCAAAGAACUCACACAGGAGAGAAACCCCACAAGUGUGAUGUUUGUGAGAAAUCCUUUAAAAGCAUCUCAAAUCUUAAUAAACAUCAGAAAACUCAUGCUGGAGAGAAGCCCUUUUCAUGUAAUGAAUGUAAAAAAACCUUUGCCCAGCGCACAGAUCUUGCUCGCCACCAACAAAUCCAUACCGGAAAGAAAUCUUUUAUUUGUAGUAGUUGUAAAAAGACCUUUGUCCGUCUGUCAGAUCUAACACAACAUCAAAGAACUCAUACCGGAGAGAGACCUUACCAAUGUACGACUUGUGAAAAAGCCUUUAAAUUUCGGUCAAACUUUGCUAAACAUCAGAAAACUCAUUCUAUAGGGAGGCCCUUUGCAUGUAAUGAAUGUGGAAAGACCUUUCGCCUUAAUGGGGAUCUUAAUCAACAUAAAAAAAUUCAUACUGGAGAGAAACCCUAUGAAUGUGGUGAAUGUGGGAAGCGUUUUAACAAUAAUUCAAAUCUUAAUAAACACAAGAAAAUCCAUACAGGAGAGAAACACUUUGUAUGUAAUCAAUGUGGAAAAGCUUUUAACUUAAACUCAAAGCUUUCUCGACAUCAGAUAACUCACAAUAAAAAGGGGAACUCCUUUAAAAGCAUCUCAAAUCUUAAUAAACAUCAGAAAACUCAUGCUGGAGAGAAGCCCUUUUCAUGUAAUGCAUGUAAGAAAGCCUUUGCCCAGCGCACGGAUCUUGCUCGCCACCAACAAAUCCAUACUGGAAGAAAACCUUUUAUUUGUAGUAAUUGUAAAAAAACCUUUGUCCGUCUGUCAGAUCUAACACAACAUCAAGGAACUCAUACAGGAGAGAGACCUUACCAAUGUACGACUUGUGAAAAAACCUUUAAAAAUCAGUCAAACUUUACUAAACAUCAGACUCUUUCUGUAGGGAGGUCCUUUACAUGUAAUGAAUGUGGAGAGACCUUUUGCCUUAACUGGAAACUUAAUCAACAUAAAAAAAUUCAUACUGGAGAGAAAUCCUAUGAAUGUGGUGAAUGUGGAAAGUGUUUUAACAAUAAUUCAAAUCUUAAUAAACACAAGAAAAUCCAUACAGGAGAGAAACACUUUGUAUGUAAUCAAUGUGGAAAAGCUUUUAGCUUAAACUCAAAGCUUUCUCGACAUCAGAUAACUCACAAUAAAAAGAAACCCUAAAAAAAGAGGAAGAUGAAGAAAGACAUUUAGAGGUGACUUACCCUUUGCUAAAAACUUGAGAGAUCAAUGUAGAAAGAUUCUUAGUCGAAGCCUAAUUCUUCACGGAUUCAUGCUGUAUGGAAUAUCUUGGAAAUACAAAUAUGUAAAUGUUGAUGAAAUGGAGAUGUGAUCAGAAAUGUACUUUUUUUAUUGCACUGACUUGAGUCUUUGGCCAGGCGUGGUGGCUCACACCUGUAAUCCCAGCACUUUGGGAGGCCGAGGCAAGUGGAUCAUGA